AUGCCAAGCACGGAGGGCUCGCGGCUCCUGCUCCACGUCGCGGGACUUGGCUUCAAGUGUUCCGGCCAGGUGGACUACGACACGUCCCUGGGCCUCCAGGGCCAGGCUGCUGCCUUGUUGGCGACGGACCAGGCGAGCGCUGACCUGACCGUGUUCGUGCCGCCCUGGCCUCUGGGCAGCAGCCGAGCAAUAGAUGCUCGCCUGGGCGGCUGCGACAGCACCUUGAAUCUGAAGCUGCAGAUCACAUCUGGGACCUUCUGGACCAAGUUCGCACAGUACCUGCCAGGGGUCAUCGAGAAGCUGCAGAGUCUUGUCAAUGAGAAGCUGUCGGAAUAUCUCUGUGGCGAUGCGCUGGCUGAUGCCCAAAAUUCCUUGACGGACUUCUUGACAAGGACAUUGGAGGAGUCACGAUUGGCGAACUCGUCGCACGAUGCUCCCUGGCCACGUGAGAACUGGGUGGAUUGGACCAACCAUCCCCUGACGCAUGGCAUCGCCGGACUGCAGGAGCAGUUCCUGCAGCCGAACGAGGUUUACAACAAGAUCAUUGGCAAUCGAUGCAUCAUUGGGGAGGGGCCCAUGUGCUACGAGCUCCCAGUUUGUCUUGCGGGCAAUUCGAGCGACUGUGCCGUGGAGACGAAUGCUUCCACAUCAUUGACUGCCAGUCUCUUCGAAACUGUUUGGAACUCAAGCGAUUUCGAGGUGACCCCGCUCUUGGCACGCAAUGCCUCAUUAGCUGCCAACAUUUCGGUGCCCGAGUUCCUUGUCCGACCUGUCUUCAACGUAUCCUUCAAAGGCGCAAACGGUACAGGCUCAGACAACUCCAGUGGGUCUUUCUCCGAGCUCUUCAGCAUGAACCUGAGCCUACGCGACGUCAAACUUGGAGCCAACGUCACUGCCGGCGUGGAUGCAUUGAAGUACAGCAAAGUGCCCGGCCCGCAGUUGUACUCGUCGGCAUGCUUCGGCCCGUGCAUGGAAGACGUGCAGCUGACCCGUUUGAUUUCGGAGUUCCAGCUGCAGCAGAUCUCUGUGGGCUCCUUCUCCAAUGAGUCACGGCCCACCUUGCUCUCGGCUCUCCUUCACAGUGCUUCCUUAUUGCUUGAACCACCUGCCGGCACGGCCAACUUUACGCAGGAGGUGGUCCAAGGACUGCUCCAGAACCACAUGGCCGGAGUUUGGAACGAGAGCCUCAAAGACUGGAUGCACGGGCUGCAGGACGAGGUAUGUCCAGUGCCUCGUGGACAGGAGGUAUACAAGUACACAGGCCGACGGCUCAUCCUCCCAGAGUUUGGCAAGAGCUGUUGCUGGGUUGCCCUUUUCACAGCUCUGGCUGCUAUGCCACUUGCCAUCUGGUGGAACUAUCGAAGGCCGUGCCAGUUCUGGUACGCAGAUGCCCUAUGUGAGUCCGCCUGCGUUCCACGGGGACUGGCGGUGCUUCUGCCCUUGGCCAUUGUUGCAUGCCUUUUCUUCCUGCUGGGGUCGAACUACCUCCUCAUGGCCCAGACCUUCGUGAAUCUGGAGGAGGCUCCAAGCUACAUAUGGAAUGCCUAUGCAGUCAUGGUGUAUUCUCUGUUCUACUCUAUCAAUGCGCUGUACUACGAAAGUGAUCUCCAAGCAAUGUCUUGGGUAUUGCUCUGCUUUUCCGCGAUCUUGCCGUAUGUCAAGCUUAUCCUUAUGAUGGUGAGCUGGAUCAUGCCUUCAAGAUUUCUUCCGUUGCGGCUGCGCAACUUCAUUCUUGUGUUGAUGGACGACAUCGGCAAGUUCUCGCUGGUGGAUGUCUUUACCGUCCAAUUUCUCAGUGGAGUUUUUCAUCUGGAGAUUGCCGGCACAUCUCCAAAGCCGGGCUCGGAUCCAAUGCGGAUGGUCUUGCGGACCAACGAGGAGCUAGGUUUCGCAGCCUUUGUUUGCGCAACUGUGGUCUCCCUCAUCAUCGGCCAUCUCUGCAGGCACUACCACGAGAAAAGCGUGGCCUACGAGCUCUCUGAGUGCAGCUCUGCGGACGUGGAGUUACAAUCACAGGUGGCCACGUUUGAUCAUCCGCUGUCAGGGCCUCCUACUACCGCAAACUCCGCCAGAUUCAGCUGGCAGGAAGUGAUCGUGGGGCCGUCGCUCUUGGCUGCCUUCGUCUUGACAGUUGCAGGCUGCUCAAUGACGGCCUUCUCCGUUCACCUCCGCUGCAUCCUGGGUCCCUUGGGCCAGUCCCACUUUUCCUUGUUCCAGUUCGCCUACGGUAUCCCAAGCUUCUCAGAACAUCCACUUGCAUGGCCGACCCUUUUCAACCAGUUCACCUUCAUCCUCUUUGCGAUUGGCGUGAACUUUUUACAGCUGAUUCUACUCUUGCUGCUCUGGUACUGGAGGGUACCGAAGCUGAAGCACAUCGACUGGAGGGCAGUGGCGCACUGCUUGGGUGCCUGGUCUGCCCUGGAUGUGGCCUUGAUCAGUAUGAUCAUCACCAUGCUGGAGUUGGGAGCAUCGGACUUCGUCCACCUUUGGGGCAGUGACAAGGAUCGUUUGACUCGAAGGCUUGGCAUCGACGUCCGUGGCCCUGAGAAGGGCCUGACGGUCGACGUCGUUCUGAGCACUGGUACAUAUCUGCUUUUUGUUGCAGUGCUGCUGCAGGCCUGGGCCUCCCGGGCCUCCCUCCACUUCUUGGACAAGAGGACCAAUGCCAUGCAGCAUGGGCGCGAGCGAUUGUUGGUGCAGUGA